AGAGAGAGUAGAGAGAGCUAAGGGGAGGAGAGGAGAGGAGAGGGGAGGGGAGGGAAAAUAUUUGGCCUUCUUGCAGAGGGAGGGAGUGAUGAUGCGGAAGGCGUUAUUGCUGCCUGCCUAGGCAAGAUGGCGGUGUUUAGUUCAAGGUGCCGGAUGGAGUCGCGAAGUGUGCUUUGCGGAGGAGGACGACAGAUGGGUCCUUCGUAGCCUGGAGGAGCCGAAAGUGGGCCUGGUUUUGUUGUGGGACAGAGAAUUCAGGUAGACGGUCUGGUGGGGAAAGGUGGCCGGUGGGGCAUCAAAGGUGACAUUGUUUUUUUACGUAGAUUAUGAUGGCUGCCACAAAUGGCUUUGCGUCUUCGGACCUCGAGAAAUCGGAAGAGCUGAAGGCCGCCGCAAAUGUCGCAUUUCAAGCCCACAGAUUCUCUCGCGCAGUGGACCUUUACACCAAGGCUAUCGAACUGAACGCGGAUAAUGCGGUGCUGUAUGCCAAUCGGGCAUUUGCUCACACAAGGUUAGAGGAGUAUGGUAGCGCCAUCGCCGACGCGACCAAAUCUAUCGAAUGCAACCCCAAGUAUGUCAAGGGUUAUUACAGGAGAGGAGCAGCAUAUUUGGCCAUGGGAAAAAUGAAAGAAGCCCCGAAAGAUUUUCGCCAGGUCUGCAAAAUUGUUCCAAAGGAUCCAGAUGCUAUGAAGAAGCUAAAAGAAUGUGAGAAGGCGGUAGCGAAGGCCAAAUUCGAAGAGGCCAUCGCACUGGAUUCACAAUCUGUUGCUACGACACUCGAUUAUCGUACCAUAGAGGUGGAGGAUUCUUACCAAGGGGCUAGGAUAGAGGAUAAAAUAACUUUAGAGUUUGUGAAGAAGAUGAUGGACGACUUUAAGAAUCAGAAGAGUUUACAUAAAAGAUACGCCUAUCAAAUACUCUUGCAAACGCAUGAAUUGCUGACUGUAACGCCAACAUUAGUUGACAUCACAAUUCCUCCAAAUGGGCACUUUACCGUAUGUGGAGACAUCCACGGCCAGUUUUACGACCUGUUGAAUAUAUUUCAGCUCAAUGGAUUACCUUCUGAGGAGAACCCGUAUCUGUUUAACGGAGAUUUUGUGGAUCGUGGUUCAUUUUCGGUGGAGUGCAUAUUCACUCUCUUUGCAUUCAAAUGCCUUUACCCAACCGGAUUGUAUCUGUCCAGGGGAAAUCAUGAAAGCAAGAGUAUGAACAAAAUAUACGGAUUUGAUGGGGAAGUGAAGACUAAAUUCAAUGACACUAUGAGCGAGAUGUUUACGGAAGUCUUUUGUUGCUUGCCUCUGGCGAAUGUCAUCAAUGGGAAAAUUUUUGUAGUACAUGGGGGUCUGUUCAGUUCUGAUGGUGUUAAGCUCAGUGACAUUCGUGCAAUUAACCGGUUUCGUGAACCUCCUGAUGAAGGUUUGAUGUCAGAGAUCUUGUGGAGUGACCCACAUGACGGCAUAGGUCGGAUACCCAGCAAAAGAGGAGUCGGUGUUGCUUUUGGCUCUGAUGUCACAAAGCGGUUUCUUCAAGAUAACAAUCUUGAUCUUGUAGUCCGUUCACAUGAGGUCAAAGAUGAGGGUUACGAAGAAACCCAUGAUGGGAAGCUGAUAACUGUGUUUUCAGCGCCCAACUAUUGCGACCAGAUGGGCAAUAUGGGAGCUUUCAUAAGAUUUGAGGCGCCAGAUCUGAAGCCAAAGUUCACCACAUUCUCCGCUGUGCCACAUCCCGCCAUCAGGCCAAUGCAAUAUGCGAACAACUUUUUCAGCAUGCUCGCUUAAUGAUAUCAGUCUGUUUUACGUUGAGGGCUUUGGCCACACACUUCCCCUCCUUUCUAGUUUGGUCGUACUGUAUCCGUUGGAUGUGUUUUCUCGGCUCUUGUGCAGUUUGAUGUCCAAGUGUAACAAGACAUCUCCAUUUGUACAUUCUUUAACAUUGAGGAAGAGAAGCUUUUAUCUAGCUUUUACAGGAAGAGAGUCUUCAGUAGAAUCGGAGGGACUGAAUAGUUUAUUUUUUACAAUGAUCGAGUGAUCAUAUGACAAAUUCCCCUUUAGCAAAUUAUUCAGAUCAAAGGUAACAACCUUACAAAAGUUACCUCUGUUAUUAUCCACUUUGAUCAAAGUUGGAUGAAGUUUAUGCUCAUUGUAUGUCGCAGUCAAGCCAGAGCUUUCUUGCUUUAUAUAAAGAUAGAAAUUGGAUCUCAGGUUUCUUC